AUGUCCUCAUUCUGGAAGAGACGCAGUUUGAAGGUGCGCGACGGCGACAGGACUCGCGCUGCCGAAUUAACCCUGCGCGAGUCGCUGUAUCCGAUUUGUCUUGUUACGAGUCUCUUCUUCCUGUGGGGCUUCUCUUACGGGCUGCUCGACACUUUGAACAAGCAUUUCCAGGAGACUCUUAAUAUCUCCAAGGCAAGAUCCUCGGGCCUUCAGGCUGCCUACUUUGGUGCAUAUCCUCUCGCAUCUCUUGGUCACGCGGCAUGGAUUCUUCGUCACUAUGGUUAUCGAGCUGUCUACAUCUGGGGACUCUUCCUCUACGCUGUGAAAGGCCUGGGCGCUCUCCUUGCAAUCCCUGCAAUUAAACAGCACUCAUUUGGAGGCUUCUGCGCUUGCAUUUUUAUCAUCGGAAAUGGUCUCGGAUCGCUAGAAACAGCCGCUAAUCCAUACAUUGCCAUCUGCGGGCCGCCAAAAUACUCUGAAAUCCGUAUCAACCUCUCCCAGGCGUUCAACGGCAUCGGAACAGUGGUCGCACCAGUUCUUGGCUCAUAUGUGCUGUUCGAUUUCGACGACCAAAAGGCACUGGAGAACGUCCAGUGGGUGUACACCGCGAUCGCAAUUUUUGUCUUCACGCUUGCCGUGGUCUUCUUCUUCUCAACCAUCCCAGAAAUCACUGAUGCGGAUAUGGAAUACCAGGCUCAGGAAACAGGAGCUGGUGAUAAUGAAAAGCCUCUAUGGAAGCAGUACCGCCUGUUCCACGCGGCCUUUGCGCAAUUUUGCUACACCGGCUCGCAAGUAGCUAUUGCAGGAUAUUUUAUCAAUUAUGUCACCGAGACUCGUCCGGGAACGAGCUCCAGCCUGGGGAGCAAGUUUCUCGCUGGGGCUCAAGCCGCGUUCGCUGUCGGCCGAUUCGUCGGGGUCAUCCUGAUGCACUUCUACAGGCCUCGAUGGGUAUUUGCCGUUUUCCUGACCAUGUGCAUCAUUUUUGUCGCACCAUCCAUUACCCAGCGAGGAAACACUGGCAUGUCAAUGCUCUAUGUUGUGCUGUUUUUCGAAUCGAUCUGUUUCCCGACCAUUGUCGCUCUGGGUUUGCGCGGACUAGGUCAUCACACGAAGCGAGGGUCUGGAUUCAUCAUUGGUGGUGUCAUCGGCGGUGCAUGUGUCCCACCGCUCCUAGGUGUCGCAGCAGAUGCUCGCAGCACGAGCUUUGCAAUGGUUGUUCCGCUCUGCUUCUUUGUCGCGGCCUGGACUUAUCCGAUCUGUGUCAACUUUGUGCCCUCAUACCGUAACUGCGCUGAUGCGUAUACUGCAGUUGAUGUCGGUCUUCGUCCCCAGGGAACUGGUGCUGAUGAAGAAAAGGGAAGCCAGCAGAUGACAGAAAUGGUUGAGGAGGGACAGUAG